AAUACAUCCCGAAUUAUCAGUUAAAAGGGAAAUUGGUGAAAUAAAAUGAAUACAAUGUAAUACAAUAUAUAUUUUACAGAAAAGCAUUGAAUCUUCCAGAAAUUUCUACUACUUAGUUGUGCGACCGCCCAGUUUGCCGCUAUAAACGUGUACGGUCAUUAAUUGAUCAUCGAAAAGAGGGAGUGAAUUGUUGCAAGUAGUGUGAAAAAUCUUAAUACUUUUAUAAUAUCGAUAUAAUUGUUAAAAGAGUUACUGACCACUGGUUUUUCUCUACAUUCAUUUUCAUAAAUUAUAUUUGUGAUUCAAUAUAAACAGGGCAAUGUCUACGAAAGCUGACGAGUUAAAACUGGAUAUCGAGGAAUUUAAUGAAUUACUUAGACAUGCAGGCAGACAAAGAAGCAAAGAUGUACUCAGUCUUGAAAUCAGAAGAUUACAAACAGAAUUAGCAAAAUUGAUUGAAGAAAAUACAUCAUCAUCUAUAAAACCAACCCAUUCUGUAUCAAAUCCUCAAAAAUGUUAUGAAGUUAAGCUUAAUAACUAUGGUUGGGAUCAAACAGAUACAACAAUGAAAUUGUAUGUUACAUUACCAAAUGUACAGCAAUUGCCUAUGGAAGCUGUAACUUGUAAUUUCACUGAGAAAUCUUUGGAUCUCCGUGUUCUUGGAUUGGACAAUAAAAAUUAUAGUUUAACAAUUAACAAUUUGUGCGAAGAAAUUGAUGUAAAUCAAAGUUUUGUUAAAAUAAGAACUGAUUUGGUUAUUGUGUCUCUUGCCAAAAAAAUUGAAAAGAAUUGGUCACAUGUAACAGGAGUAGAAAAAAGGAUUAAGGAAUUAAAAGCAGCUGCAGUUUCAGAUAUGAGUGAUGACAGUGAUAUGGGUGCCUGUUUAAUGAAUUUAAUGAAGAAAAUGUAUCAAGAAGGAGAUGAUGAAAUGAAAAAGACAAUAGCCAAAGAAUGGACAGAAAAAGCAGCUGGACUACCUAACAUUUUUUAAUUUUAUCUUUACAUAUACCUCAAGUUCAUUAAUAUUCUAAAUUAUUAAUGUACAAAGUAAGUUUAGGUAUAGAAACAAAAUAUAUCGUUUGUAUAUGUUUCUAUCAAAUAACUAUUAAUUUUAUAAAGAGGCCUACUACAUUUUUCCAAAAGUAAUAUAUUUUUGGUUAAAUAAAGUAUAUUAUGUUAAUUGUGUAAAACUUGGAUAUUUUAUUAUUUGCUGCCAUAAUUUAUUCAUGUUACUAUUGUAUUUAACAAUGGUAAAAUAGGAUAUAUUUUUUAAUUCUGUGUUGAGAUAAUAUCAGUUGCUUUUUAAACAUAUAUCAUUAAAAUUUUUAAUAUUACAACUUUUUAUUCAUACUGAGUAACAUGAUUCUGUAAAUUACAGUACAAGAUACGAAAAAAUAAUUAUAAAAAUGGCACUUCAAAAUAAAUUAGUUUGCAUUAAAAAUAUGUAAUUUCUGAUUUCAAAUAUUUACAAAUGCAAAUAUUAUCUAGGCUGUAAAUUACAUAUUUUUCAAUUACGUUCGUUAUCUUAGUAACCCUUGUUUUAAAAUAUCAUUGUUAAGUUUACACUUCUACAUAUUUAUGUUCCUAAUAAUGAGAUCAUAGUGUAAUCUCACACAUAGUUUUCUUAUUCAACAUUUUUAAUUUAAAAUCACAAAAAAAUGGAGUAUAAUUUAAUGCAUUCUAUCUAUUACUAUUACUAUUAUCCUAAUUUAGCAGUUUAUUAACCAUGGAAAUAGUAUAAUUCUUAGAGAAAAUUAUAUAUGCCAAAGGAAUACAAUACAAUAUUAGACAUUACUUCACUAAUUAAUAUUUAAUUAUAAAUACGAAUUUUAUAGUAGUUUAUGAAUUUUUCCAAAUAAGAACAUUAAAGUCAUGUUCAUAAGUUUGGUUGAAUGAAUCAUUUAUGUAGAUAUAAUUUCACUAGGCUUAAAAUGUUUUAAAUUAUCAAUAAUACUUACAUUUUACUACAAGUGUAGGAAUGUAAAUAAAUGGAAAUAUUACAGAAAGAUAUAUACAUACAUAGUAGCAUUGCUUGUCUAUAACUUACCGCCUUUGUAUACCAAAAUGUAUGAAUGAAUGGAAGCAUGUAAUACAUUUGUAAUAGUACUGUCCGAAAUAAAAUGUGCUUCAUAUAA